AUGGAUCCUCAAAUGGAAAAAGUGGGAAAAACGCUUACUUUCACCAUAACAAAGAGAGCGACCCAAGUUCGGGAUCAACUUGUGCCCCAAGAAGUCUCAUUUUCAGGAAGUACUUCGUUUUUGGAGCUCAACAACUGCUGCCGACUGUGUCUGGAGGAGCCCCAUCCCAAUCAGAUGCUGGACAUGACCAGCAUCUAUGACCAGGAAGCGGAACUCAGCUACUACGACUGCUACGAGAUCUGCAGCAAGGAGGAUCUCCGCCAGACUCCCAGCCAUGAACCCAGAACAUUGUGCAAACGAUGUGCUGUGGAGCUGCAUUGGGCCUACGAUUUCCACAAGAAAGUGUCCAUUGCCAACCAGCAGCUGAGGGAGAUCUUUGAAUCCACAAAAAGUUCCGAGCAGGAGGUACCAGAGGAAGAGGAUGAGGAGGAUAUGAGCAAGGAAUUCUCUAUGGAGGAGAUUGAAGAGAAGCAGGGUGGUCAGGAAGACCCGGAAUCCCUCAAUGCCUUUGGCACUUUAGAGGACAUAGUGCCCCGUCAUCGCCACUCAGGCGAAUUUACCUGCAAAUACUGCCACAAGGUGUUCAAAAACCAUUCCCGCAUGGCCAAACACCAGCUGAUUCACCUGGACACUCGUCCCGUCUACGAUUGUAGUCACUGCGACAAGUUCUACUUCUCCAAACAGGGGCUCAAAGUACACGUGGACUCCAAGCAUAGGCAAUCUGGAGUCCGCUGCGACACCUGUGGCAAGGUGUUCGCCAUUGCCAAAGCCCUGGAAAUUCAUAAACGCUUUCACAACAAGGAUUUUCCCUAUGCCUGUGAUCUCUGCGAUCGGCGAUUCGCCCAGCGUUCCCAUCUGACUGUCCACCAGCAGGUGAAGCACACGGGUUCCCGCUUUAUUUGCGAGUUUCCCGACUGCCAGAAGUCCUUCACGUCGUCUUCAUCGCUUAGGAAUCACGAGUGCACCCAUACGGCCAUGCCAUUUGAGUGCUCCCACUGCCAGCAGAGUUUUCCAGCUCGUAACAAAUUGAGAGCGCACCUUGAACGUAAGCAUAAUAUGAUAGUGGAAUUGGAUGACCUGGAGGAGAUGCGCAAAUUUCACAUGGUGCGCUCAAAGUUAGUAAUGGCGAAAGUUUAUACAAGUCAUGAGGAAUCAGACAACAGUGGCAGAAAGAAAACCAGUGGAGCCUUUGAUUAAAAAGAAUUUUAAGCAUCUAGCCAAGUAUGCUUAAUAUCCCCUUAAUUUCUGUUCACAUAUGUCUAAUGGAAUCGAUUAUCUAUUUUUAAUACCAUUAAGUAAUCCCCAAGAUUGCCUUACAAAUAUCACAUUCAAUUUAUUUCACACUUUCCUUUGGUUAUCUUACACAAAUAGGGAUAGAUU